AUGGACCAUGUGCUCACAACUCAAGCUGAAUCGAUGAAAAGGAUGAGCAAUGUAACUGAAUUCAUCCUGCUGGGUCUGACCCAGAAUCCAGAACUGCAGAAACUCUUAUUUGCUGUGUUUUUAAUCACCUAUUUGAUCACAUUGACAGGUAACCUGCUCAUCUCGGUCACUAUCUCUAUCAGCCCAGCCCUGGGGGCUCCUAUGUACUUUUUUCUGUGCUGUUUGUCCAUUAUAGAUGGUUUCUACUCUUCUUCCAUAGCGCCCAAAGUGAUCUUUGACUUGAUCUCUGAAAACAACACUAUAUCCUUCAAUGGCUGCAUGACUCAGCUCUUUGCUGAACAUUUCUUUGCUGGAACUGAGAUCAUCUUGUUACUUGUCAUGGCCUAUGACCGCUACAUAGCCAUCUGUAAGCCCUUGCACUAUAUGACCAUCAUGCGCAGACCUGUGUGUGGUUUCCUGGUGGGAAUGGCUGGGGUUUUAGGGUUUCUUCAUGGGGCGAUGCAGAUUUUGUUCAUGGUCCAGUUACCAUUCUGUGGCCCCAAUGUCAUUGACCAUUUUAUGUGUGAUUUAAUUCCUGUCCUGGAGCUAGCCUGCACAGACACUCAUACUUUGGGGCCUCUGAUUGUUGCAAACAGUGGGUCAUUGUGUUCACUCAUUUUUUCUAUGCUGGUUGUUUCCUAUGUCAUCAUCCUCCACUCCCUGAGGACUCACAGCUCUGAAGGGCGUCUCAAAGCCCUGUAUACCUGUGCCUCUCAUGUCACUGUUGUCUUCUUAUUCUUUGUACCUUGUUCAUUCUUGUACCUGAGACCCAUGACCUCCUUCCCCACUGACAAAGCUGUGACUGUGUUUUGCACCAUGAUGACUCUCAUGUUGAACCCUUUGAUCUACACCCUCAGAAAUGCAGAAGUGAAAAAUGUCAUGAGGAAACUCUGGGGGCAAAAACUGGAGAUAAAUAGAUCUAGUGGUUGGAUUAUUUAG